CACCCCCUCAGUGAGUUACUGUAGUAAGUUGAGCUCCUUGCUGCUCAGGGGGCUGACAGUUGAGGGGACAUCCAUAUAUUCAAUCUUCCAUCAUCUUCCCCUUUCAAACACGGAAGCGUUUGUUCGAGCUACAGGCAGUUCGAUCACUUGCUUCGAUGUUUAUCCUUUGCCCGUGAACGAGCCGUGGUGUUGUGAACGUUGGACGUUCCAUCAUCGCCGCGUCUUGAGACGCGGCAGCCACCGUCGUCGGAUGGAAGAUCACCGCCCCGUCGUCGUAGAGACGGGCAGCGCGAUGACCAAAGCAGGCUUUGCGGGCGAUGAGGUGCCCGACAUCGUGUUCCCCUCGGUGGUUGGCGUGCCGCGGCAUCCGCAGAUUGCCCUGUUGAUGGGCCAGAAUCCCCAAGCGGCCUAUGUCGGAGAGGAGGCGAACCGUCGACGUGGUGUCUUGCGGCGACGCGUGCCCAUCGAGCGUGGCUUGGUGGUGCACUGGGAGGAGGUCGAACAGAUUUGGCACCACGUCUUCUUCAACGAGCUCCGCAUCGCCCUUGAGGAGCACCCGAUUUUGCUCUCAGAGGCGGCCUUAACGCCCAGAGAGGAUCGAGAGCGAAGUCUACAGAUCAUGUUUGACACAUUUCAAGUGCCAUCAGUCUACCUGGCAGUGCAUCAAGUCUUGUCCCUCUACAGCUCUGGUCGCCUCACGGGUCUCGUGGUGGAUUGUGCCGCCACGGAGUGUCGCAUGGCGCCCGUGUGUGAAGGGAUUCUGGUGGCUCACGUGGUGCGCAAGCUGCACUUGGGCGGGCAGGAUUUGACCCAAUACCUCAUGAAACUCCUCGUUGAAAAGGGCUACUGCUUCACGGGUGGCAGCAGUGAGCUGGAGAUCGUAGAGGAUAUCAAGUGCCAGGAGUGCUAUGUGGCUUUGGAUAUCCGGACGGAAGAACAGGAGAUCAAAUCCUGGGAACUCCCCUCCGGCGAUCACCUCCACAUCGGCUCGGAAAGCUUCCGGACACCCGAGCCGCUCUUCCAGCCGGCCUUGAUCGGCUUGGAGGAGGAAGGACUUCCUCAGCUCUGUCAGCAGGCGAUUGUUGCUUCCGACUCAGAUUUGCAGGCCGCGCUUUGGUCCAAUGUGGUCCUUGCCGGUGGCUGCAGUCUCUUGAGGGGCCUCCCACAACGCCUAGAGCUGGAAUUGAAGCGCCUGGAAGCGGCAGUGGAGGUGGUAGCUCCUGAGGACCGGAAGUACAGUGCUUGGAUCGGUGGAUCCCUCAUCUCGUCCAUGAAGCCAUUUGAGAAGAUGUGCAUCUCUAAAGAUGCAUAUUGCGAGAAGGGCCCAGGAAUCGUUGAAACAUGUCUUUGAAACGGAUGCUGGAUGCUGGUACACAUCAGAUGUGCGUGGUGAUAUGUGGUGAUUAUAUUUAGCUUGAGAACUGUGCAUGUGCUGCAGAAGAUCCCGGUCCAACAGAUGAGAAGGAUUCCAUGGAGCGAGCAGGUUUCCAUUACCUCGGCGACGAUCGCUCUGAGCUGACGGUCCGACUCAGGAAGGCAGAAGAUGGCACUGGUAGCACGCAGCGAAAAUGGAUGGGAUGUCCCCCACCCAGAACCGCCAGAACGUUGACGAUGUGAUGGCCUCCCCGAUGCCCAAACACAUCAAGACCGCUGCGAACAGUUCGCGUUGGUUCGUGGGAAGGGGGCCAAAGGGAAAGCGCAGAGACGUCCCUGGAAAGCUUGGACCCGACGUUGCAGCUCUCGCGAGAAAUAUAAAUGACGCACUUGGACCUUUGCACUUGCGACAUUCAUAUAAUAUAUGUUUGAAUUGAGGGUUUGUGAGUGUUCCUUGGCGUUCGCGUUCGUUGGUUCAUUUUAGCCUUGCCUGACAUGGAACUGUGCAGAUCAACAAUAAUUAGACCCUCAAGAAGGCCCUUUUAGCUUCAUCUACUGACUGUUUCACUUUCCAGCCCAAGUGCGUUCAUCCCCAAAAGUGAAUGCGGCACCACUUGGCACCAGUUCCACCGCUCUCCACCGAGGGCCGCCGGUCCGGUCCGCAGGCACUGGGACCUACGAGUUCCGCGACGGCGACGGCAUCGUGCCGCUGCUGCUCCGGCCCUUAG